AUGUCGGGCCGCGGCAAGGGAGGUAAGGGCCUGGGCAAGGGCGGCACCCAGCGCCACCGGAAGGUGCCCCGCGACAACAUCCAGGACAUCAUGAAGAAGCCAGCAAUCCGGAGGCUGGCGAGGAGGGACGGCGUGAAGUGCAUCUCCGGGGCUGAUCUACAAGGAGACCCGCUGCAUGCUCAAGAUCUUCCUCGAGAACGUCAUCUGCGACGCCGUCACCUACACGGAGACGAAGCACGGCCGCCGCAAGACCAUAACUGCCAAGGACGUCGUGGUGGUCAGGCGCUAGCUAGGGUUCAUGAUGGAUUUAAGGCUGCUCUACGGAUGAGAAUUUGUUUUGAGUGA